AUGUCAUUGACCUCAAAUUACACCACACUUAUCCUCGACAUUGGGGACGUUUUGUUCUCUUGGUCCCCGCAGACCAACACCUCCAUAUCCCCAAAGGUUCUACGUAGAAUUCUGUCCUCUCCCACAUGGAUUGACUACGAGAGGGGGAGGAUUUCCCAGGCUGAAUGUUAUACUAGGGUUGGCGGCGAAUUCUCUAUAGACGCUGCAGAGGUUGGCCGUGCAUUCCAAGAAGCCAGUGACUCAUUGCAGUCCAACGAAGAGCUCAUCUCGGUUAUUCGACACCUGAAAGCUCGCUCCAACGGAAUGCUACAUGUCUUCGCCAUGUCAAAUAUCUCUGCACCUGACUAUGAAGUCCUUCGUACGAAGCCUGUUGAUUGGUCAUUGUUCGACGACAUCUUCAUAUCCGCGGCGGUCGGUGAGCGGAAGCCUAACCUUGGCUUCUACAAGGCAGUGCUUUUGAGCACAGGGGCUGAUCCCUCCCGCACCAUAUUUGUGGACGAUAAAAGGGAGAAUGUCCUAUCCGCGCGUUCGCUCGGAAUGCGUGGAAUUGUUUUCGACGAUCACCGCAAAGUCGUCCGCGCUCUCUAUAACCUACUUGGAGAUCCUGUCGAAAGGGGCAGACAAUACUUGACCCUUAAUGCGAAAAAACUACUGUCUGUAACUGACAGCGGCAUUUUCUUACGGGAGAACUUCGCUCAGCUCCUAAUAUUGGAGGCGACUGAUGACCGGAAUCUCGUCAAUUUGACUGAUACACCCCGGACGUGGAAUUUUUUCCAGGGAAAACCACUGCUAACUACUGAAGAGUAUCCAUAUGACUUGGAUACGACUUCCCUCGGGUUGGUCGUAACGAGCAGCCCUGAGGAUGUAGCACACUCCGUUAUGGAUGACAUGCUUGACUACAUUGAUGACGAUGGGAUUGUCCAGACAUAUUUUGACCACCACCGACCUCGGUUUGAUCCGGUCGUGUGCAUUAACGUGCUCACAUUGUUCUAUUCUUAUGGACGUGGUCAUCAGCUCGACCGCACCCUUCGCUGGAUACAUGAGGUGCUCCUGCAUAGAGCUUAUCUCGACGGCACGCGGUACUACGUGACCCCAGAGUGCUUCCUUUAUUUCCUUGGGAGGCUGCUUGAAAUCAGCAACGACGUCCACUUGGCAGUCUAUCUAAAGCCACUGCUGAUUGAACGAGUUCAGGAGCGCAUAGGGGCUGAGGGUGAUGCUAUGGCGCUCUCAAUGCGCCUCCGGCUUUGUGCGUACCUUGGACUACGCAACAACGUCGACCUACGCGCUUUGCUUCCUUUGCAAUGCGAAGACGGAGGCUGGGAGGUCGGAUGGGUCUAUAAAUACCCGACCACCGGUAUCAGGAUCGGAAACCGCGGUCUUACAACAUCCGUGGCUGUUAAAGCCAUUCUGGAGAUGCAACGCUUCCUUAGUCCCCUUCCAUCCCCAUCCACAGCAUCCGCAAUCACCGCUAGCUCUGUUGCAACAGCAUCAGUACGUACCAGUGACCAUUCGCACGUCGAUCCUUUGGUUCUAGGUUGA